GUCCCGGCUAGUCGAUCGAGCUGUCGUUAUUACCAAGUUAAUUGCAACGGUCGUGUUUCGUGGGAGAUCAGCGUCGCGCCCGCGACGUGCCCGUGACGCAGCGAAACCUCAUAGUUUUGCCGCGGUUUUUCGCGCAAUUUUUCCCGCUGAUUAGAGAAAAAGAGCUGGGACACCUCGCGCGCACGGCUUCCUCGCGAAACGUACCGCUCCCCUCCACUCGCCCCUGUCGGACGCGGGACUUCCUCGUCGGGCAACCACCUGUGCCCGUCGACGCGAUCGCGCCCUCCCGCGUCAUAGCACCGUUAUGGUCAUACCGCGGGCGCGUACGCACCGAGCCGAGGAGCCGAACGACGGCGGACGGUGCGUAAAUUGCGUAGAAAAACCGUAACGUGACCGCGUCCGUCGUCAUCCUCCGUUGCUGCAAGUCAAUUCCGGAGUCAAGGUCGUCCGUGGAGAACCUCCGCUUUUCUCUUUCUUUUCUCUUCUGGCUUCGAAGGCUCGAGGGGUGGAAGUUCGGCAAGUACCACUCGCGCCGAGCGCUACGAGUCAUCGAUUGAGGAUCAUCGCGGACAGCGACAGAAUUUUCGUCUGACGGAGACCGAAAUGGAAAAUAUUCACCGCAAUUCGAACGCACCGUCGAACGACCUUCUUCGUCUUCGUAUUUCACCCUCGUGCUCAGCGGGACUCGUCUAACGUCGUCCAUCCCAGAAGUCCCGUGCUUCAGGGAAUUUGGGAAGCAAGAAAGAUGUAAUUUAGUUUUUCGCCGUUUAUUACAACGGGGGAUAAACGUGACACGAGUACGGGAUAUCGAGCGUCGAAUUGACGUGACCGUUGAUAUGCCGUCGAUGUCGGAAGCAUAAAACAUAAGGCGGCGUGUCCACCCGCCCUGAAGAUGCUGGUGGAUGACUGCGGAAGCGGGAUGGGGUGGACUACGGCUAGCGUGCGCGGCGGUUGGUCCACCCCGGGAGGAUGCAGAAAUUCGGCCAUGAGCUUCGGCGGCAGCGUGCCAUCCUUGCAUCCGACCGGCUCGAUAAGAUCGUUGCGCUCGCAACACUCCAUGCAGGCUCCGCCCGAGACACCACGAAGAUGCAUACAUUGUCAUCCUGUACAUGUCCCCAACACUCCCAAUAAUUACAUGCAACAUCCCAUGCAGUACUAUACGCCGACUCAUUGUAUGGAGGGUCAAAAUGGCACGUAUACGCCGCACCGUGGAAGUUCGUAUCACGGCGACACUCGUCUGCGUUACAUGGACGAUGAAACCAUAGGUGGCAAUACGAAUUGGGUUUUGAGCGAUCUACGCAGUCUGCAUCGUUGUGUACCCGCACUUCGUCGUACAGGGAUAGACGUCGCCGGUAUGCGGGCGCAUUUCUAUCCAGAGGGUGGAUGGGGCUGGCUGGUUUGCGCAGCCGGUUUUCUCGCCCUGUUGCUCACCACCGGGAUGCAGCUCGCCUUCGGAUUACUUCACCUUUACGCCGCACGACAUCUUGGUGAGGUCCAUUUGAUGGACAUAGUGUGGGCGGGGGCGUUGAGUGCCGCGAUCUCCCGUGGUUCAGCACCGCUGGUUGUCGGUGCGUGUCGUCGUGGCAAUACGAGGCUUACGGCGGUGAUCGGUGGCCUUGUGCUGGCUCUGGCGUCGCUCUUCACCUCGUUUGCCGUCCAGAUGCAUCAAGUGCUCCUUAGCUACGGCCUGGUGCUGGGCACGGGGGCUGGCCUUGUGAGGGAAACCGCCAGUCUGGUAUUGGGCAAUUACUUCAGAAAACGGCGAGAGUUCGUCGAGAUGGUGGUGCAGGCUGGCACCGGCGUGGGAAUAGUGCUCUUCAGCGUCGUCUACAAAGAAGCAGUCGGGAAGCUGGGGUGGCGACCGGGACUUCAAUCGGUAACCGGAGCGCUCUCGUUGGCCUUCUUCCUGGGGCUGAUUUACCGGAGUGCCUCGCUAUACCAUCCUCAACGGCGAGCCAUACUGCAUCUAAAGAAUCAGCGCAGCAAAGUCAAAGAGAAGAAAUCCUCGACCAAGAUACCAAGGCAGCCGUUGGUCGACUUGAGUCCUCUGGGAUCGCGUCCCGUGAGGAUGCUCAUGCUGGCUGCCGGUGCUGCUGGUUUCGGUCUUUACACCCCCGCCUUCUAUAUCGCUCUGCAAGGCUACCAGGAUGGAUUAGAGGCCAGCGCCUUGGUGCUGCUACAGACCUUUCUAGGCCUGGCGGCGGCACUCGGAUGCGCGGCUUUGGGAGUAGUUAUCGUCAGACCUUCCGCUCAGUGCCUAGUGUCCAGGCAAUAUCUCUGUCAAGCGGCACUCAUUGGGGUUGCCGUAGCUCAAGUGGCGCUUGGUAGCGUACAAGGUUAUCACGGACUUGUGCUGGCCUCCGCACUUUACGGCGCCUCGCUCGGCGGUACGCUUUAUUCCCUGAAGAUGCUGGCCCUGGAGAGGUUGCGAGCGAGACACUUUGCCAGAUCGUGGGCUUUGGUGCAAGCCGCGGAAGCCCUGCCCAUCCUUCUUGGAGUUCCUCUCACAGGUUACAUGAACGCGAGCAGCCCACGAGUGGGUUACUACGCGUGCACGCUGAGUUCCUUGUGCGGCGCGGCGCUCCUCUUCCUGGUCGGCUGGGGACGGCAGCCAGCAUCGCCGGUUCUACCGGGACCGCGUCUUUCGAGCCUUGGCAUCGUGCCGCCGCCACCGCCAUGCGCACCACGACCACCACCACCCGAUCGUCGACCACUACUGCCAUCCGCAGUUUCAUACGCCUCUGAGACCCAGCAAAAGCGUGCCAGAGGGCCUCGGCCAUCAGGACCCGUAUCGGACCCGGCCGCGACGUCACCGUGACAUCACCGUCAUAGAACAGAUUACCACCAGCGUGUAAGACGAAGGGGUUCACCCGAUCCCGUCGGCGUGUCAUUAGGCUAUUGGGAACCAGAGUGUUCGGCGACGUUUGUUUUUUUUAUCCCAUAGGAUUUUAAACUUCGCGUAUGUCAAAUCGUUGCGGUAACGGCAACAAGGGAGGAGCGACGAAGGAGACGCCGCGCUAUCGCGUUUCAUCGAGACGCGAUCAGCGGGAACAGUUAUGAUAUAUUGAUUUCAGACUUGUACAAAAGUCUUCGGGAAGCUCCUAUAAAACCUUUUAUCUUCUUGUCUUCCUUACGCUUCGGUAAGUCGCGUCCGGGAAGAGCGAAGUAUCGCGUUUCUUCUUAUUAAUUAAUUUAAGUUGCUAUUAUGUUUUGUUAUUAUACCUUCUUUCUUUCUUUUUAUUUCCCGCGUCUCUGUCGCGUAUAAUUUAAUACUUAUACGCCGGAAAAUUUAGGGUGGCUCUUGAGGAAGGUUUGGGGAUUAUUAGCGUAAAAGCCGGCGCGCGCUUGCAAGCAUAAGCGGAAAGUAAAAUAGUAGCUAUGAAAAAGGAAAUAAUUUCGCGCGCCCAGGACGACUAUUUAUGCGAUCGUAAAUCAAGGAGGAAGAACGACAGUUAAAGUUCUUUAGAAACAUCCCUACUAGGUUCGCUUUCCUACUAGCUGCUAAGCGGGAUCGACUAUUAAAUUGAAUUAGCGAAAUCUGUAUCUCGAAUAGAUGAAAUUAAAUGUAUUACGUGCGUAAUUAGGAAAGUGUUUGUUCGUGUUUGUUCGUUGACGCGCUUGUUUGAAGUAUAUUUACUGCCGGGGAAACGACUGUCCGCUGGCUGAACACACAUUUAAUGGGAAAGUAUAGGAACGAAGAAAUAAAGCGUAAUCAAAAUUUCGUUUUUUAACAGAAUUUUGAUGAAAAAUAUUCCUAUUCGUUCUAAAAACUAGAGGAACACGGAUAACGAUUACAGAAUACAGCGAACGAUCGAAUAGUUUUGUUUCAUGUAUAAAUAUACUUUUUUCAUUCGACUUUUCUCGUCCGAGUCCCUAUAGUUAUUUACAUCCCGUAGCGGAGAACGGCAGACAAUUCUCAAUGCAUUAUCCUAGCUCAAAUAGAGAUCAUCUCCUUGGCCUUCGAAUAUCCUUGUUAUUUGCAUUUUGAACAAAGCGAAUUGACGGGUCAAGUUUGAUUUGAAUUCACGAGAGUUCGGAUCUGCUUCCACUUUGACGUUGAAUGUACGAUUAGUCGACUAAUCGUGCAAAUACUUCAAACUGAUCUCUCCUGUCGUGUAAAGUUUCGAAAUAACUACUAUCUCUAUGUAUACGUGGAAAGAAUGGUUUUGCUGAAAUGUCUGAAAUAUAGUUAGAGCUGAAAAAUAAUGAAAAUAAUUUUAUUGGACUGCCAAAGUAAUUAUGUGAAAAACUUAACGUUUGGUUGCUAGAAUAUCAAAACUUUUUGCUCAUCAUGAG